CAUAUAAGCAAGUCUCAUCCGAGCCUCUUCGUACGUCGACUCGAUCGCUCCCCCUAGCGCCGCUCGACUUCAUUUCCUUCCUAAAAUGGACGAGAAGAAGGACUCAUUGAGGGGAGUAGCCUUCGCCGCUGUCGUCUUCUCCACCGUAGCCGUUUCAGCCUGUCUGGUCACAUUCCCUCUAGUAUUCCAUUAUGUCCAGACACUGCAGGCUACAGUACAGGGUGAAGUAGAAUACUGUAAGUCCCGUUCGCGAGACAUGUGGCGUGAGAUGGUCGAGGUGUCACCCGAAGGUGGAGAAGAUUCACUAGACGUCCUUCUCCGUGCCACUCGUCAGGCAGAAGCCCAGUGCUGCACAUGUCAGCAGGGACCACCUGGUCCCGAUGGACCUCCCGGAGCUGAUGGCAAAGACGGAGCUCCCGGUGCUGGCCCCGGCGAGCCUGGACCUCCAGGACCUGAUGCAGAACUGCACGAUCGUCUUCUACCCGUACCACCCCAGUGCCCCUGCAUGGCUGCUCCUGGAAUGGCAGGACCACCCGGACCACCAGGACAAGAUGGAUCUCCCGGAGCGCCCGGAGGCAAUGGAUUGGAUGGAGCUCCAGGUUCACAGGGCCCACCUGGACCACCCGGACCUCCUGGUCCACCUGGACAGCCAGGACAGCGUGGACCACCUGGAGAGCCGGGAAUACUGGUCCCUGGUGGUCCAGCCCCACAGGGACCUCCAGGACCUCCUGGACGACCAGGAGCUCCUGGACAACCUGGCAAAGCUGGAGCUCCAGGAAGAGACGGCGACAACGGACAAACUGGACCUGUUGGAGAACCUGGUCAACGUGGACCACCUGGACCACCCGGACCAGCCGGGCCACCAGGAAACGCGGGAGACAACGGAUCACCCGGAAGCUGCGAUCAUUGCCCACCUGCUCGUCUUGCCCCUGGUUAUUAAACCUCACGCCAUUAAUAAAGAUUCUAUCGCACUCAAGCA